AAAAAUAUUAGGUUAUGUUUUGUUUACACAACACACCGGAGUUCAACUUACAACUUAAAAGUUAACUGAUUUCGAAAAAUAAUACUAACCAUGCUUAACAAGAUUCUAUAUAACACGGUACUCUCGCAAACAUUAUCGCCGUGCGGCAAAUAUUUAGUUGCCGGGAAUAUUUAUAGUCAAAUUGCCAUUUUUGAUCUAGAUCGCAUUCUGAACCCUGUAGUGGAACUCCUUACCUCAGAUUACAACAAACCGAAACACAUCCACACCCUUGAGUCUGGCCAUCAAAUAUGCAGCUUAGCCAGCUCCGAGAAGUUCCUAAUUGUAGGAACAGUCAAUGAAAUCUAUGGCUGGGAUUGGAAAAAUGCUGCAAGCUCUAAACUGAGCAAACCUUCUUGGGUGAUAAGAAUACCUUCUCAGUCACCUCUAGAGCAGACUGAUGUGAACAGUCUAUGGCUGUCUGAGGAUGAAGCUAGACUGUAUGCCGGUUGCGGUGACAACAAUGUUUAUGUUUUCAACAUGGAAGAUGGGAAGCUGGUUUCAACAUUUAAAGGGCACACUGAUUAUAUUCAUUCAGUUAGUGGCAAGAACCAACAACUAAUAACAGCCAGUGAGGAUGGUACAGUCAAGCUGUGGGACUCUAGGACGGGGAGCAGUCACAACAAACUGGAGCCCCACACAAACAGUAAAGUAAGCCGUCCCGAUGUCGGCAAGUGGAUGGGCUCUGCUGCCAUAGGAGAUGACUGGAUUGUCUGUGGCGGUGGUCCUCGCGUCGCGCUCUGGCACCUGCGUUCAUUAGACGCCGUGACUGUCUUCGACAUCCCCGACCACGGCAUACACGUGUCUUUCUUCCACGACGACUGCGUGAUAGCCGGCGGAGCAGCCAAAUACUUAUACCAGCUCACAUACUCCGGAGAAGUGAAAGUGGAGCUACCAGUAUCAGCAACUACAGUCUACUCAGUCUUGCUAAGCACCAACCCCAAGGUCCUCACGAUUGCUGGCUCAAGCCCAGAGAUUGACCUCUGCACAACCUUCAAUUAUCGAGACCAAGUACUGCACUUCCGUUAGGUAAGUAAUUUGUAAGAUUUCUGUUAGGAGUAAGUUUUUGUAAUAAAUGAAUAAAUGCUAUAA